AUGCGCCGUUUAAUCGGACAUGCCAAGGACGUUCUCUCCGUCGCGCUCGUGAACGACAGUGUUAUCGUUUCUGGCUCACGUGACCACACCAUCAAGGUGUGGAACACGUGCGGCACGUGCAUGUCGAUGGUGGAUAACGGUGGCGGUGACAGUCCCACGGAUUGGGUUUCAUGCGUGCGGUUCAUCCCGGACGUGGCGGCGGCACUGAGGGUGAUGUCAGCGUCGUGGGACGGAAGCGUUAGGGUUUGGGACGUGGACGAGACGAGGACGUGGAUGUGGACGGAGGCGGUGGCGCCGGGCGCGUCGUUGGCGGCGAGUGGGGGGAAGGAUGGGGUGGUGCAGCUGUGGGACAUGGCGGGUGGGGUGAAGAUUUAUGAGUUUGAGGUUUGUUCGGUUGUGCAUUCAUAUGGGCUGUGUAUUUGUCCCAACAGGUAUUGGAUGUGUAUUGUCACGGAUGAGAGAAUUAGGGUUUGGGAUUUGGAGAGUAAGGACAUUAUAAAGGAUUUGAAUGUCAUUCAUAACAACAAGGACAACAAUUAUAUUAAUGGUGGGACUGAGAUUACUACCGACAAACAGGUUGGUCUUUAA